AUGCGCGAGCGUCUUGCGGACUUGUGGCGGGACUUCGGCGGACAGAUUGGGGGUGACCCCACGAGGCCUCCAGAGCCCCCCGAGGUCAGCGCGAUGGACCAGGGCAUGCAGCGGAUCCUGGCCGCGUCGGACGUCUCCGACGGCGCGUCCAGCGACUCUGCGUCCUCGGCAGGCUUCAACUCCCUCGGCAUCACCCACUCGUCCAUGUGGUCGGGAAUGUCGCGUUCGGGCGCCUCCUCAGCAUCCUCCGCUGUGGAGGAGGACCUGCUGCCAGUGCCGCUGCUUGAGGGCUACGCCUCGGCGCUGCGGCCGCUCUUCAUGACCAGGGGCGAUCUGACGCACCUGCUGGCGAAGUUCCCGAGUCCCAUUCCGGGACGGCGGGUCAUCCUGGGUGGCCCCGUGGCCGAUUCCCGCAGCUUCGCGGCGCACCGGGAGCUGCUGGAAGAGCUCUUCGGCUCCAUGGUCGUGGCGGUGAAGAGCAAGGAGAGGCGAGGGAAGAUCAAGCUGGCCUUCGGGGCCAGCUUCUCCUACGGGCCCCGCAGCUACAAGCUUGGCCGCAUGGAGGCCACCAUCCAGCUCGUCGCUCACGGGGUUCGGCGCACCGGCAACGACCCGUUCCCUCCGGUCUACGAGGACGAGCACGAGGAGUUGCGGUCGGAGGCGGCCGUAUCGGCCGCGCGGCACGACGACGAGAGCAGCGGCCAAGGCGUGCUCGAGUUCGAGGAGCUCGUCAUUCCGCUUACGGACGUCUGCUCCCGCGAGCUCUUCCUCGCGGAGCUCAUGCAGAGCGACCAGUGCCAGCUGCUGGCCUCGCUGUCGCAGGGCUCACACUCCAAGUACGGCCACCGCGCCCUGCGGCGCCGCCGCCGCACCCUCAGGCACGUGCGGGAGGCGACCCAGCUGCUGGUCAACGCCCCCGGCCGCUGA